AACAAACACUUCAUACUUCAAUCGACAGUGUGCAGUGGGUGUUCAUACCUUGAACAACAAACCCAGUGAGUGCUGUCGCUGUUGUCCAAAUCCAUCAGAAGAACCAUGGCCUCUGCCCCUUCAGCCAGUGGCUAUGUGCUAGUCACUCCCCAAUUCCAACAAGGUGCCCAAAUUGUCACUUCACCUCAAAGUGGUAUUGUUUCACCGCUGUCCUCAUUUUUUAAAGGACAACCGACUGCCAUGGGGACGGUUCAAAUAAUGAUUGGAGUGGUUGUAUUCUUGUUUGGUAUCGUCACAGCAUUUUAUGCAGAUGUAUUAUCCACUUUCAGUGGUAUCAAGUUCUGGGGAGCCAUCAUUUACAUCACUGCUGGUGCUCUCACUGUUAGUGCCAGAAAGCAGCUCAGUCCCUGUUUGGUGAAAGGAUCAUUGGGGAUGAACAUCGUCAGCACAAUAACUGCAGGGAUUUCCAUGAUUAUGCAUAGCAUUGAUUUAGUAUUAUUUAGUAUCUCAUUUCACUACUGUUAUAGUCCCUAUGACUAUGGCCAGUAUGGCAGUUGCACAAUCCUCAAUUCAUACGUGAGCAGGUCAAUGGGGAUUAGUGGAGUGAUGAUAGUGUUGUCAGUGCUGGAGUUCAUUGUAUCCAUCUAUGUAUCUGCGUUUGCCUGCAAAGCCACCUGCUCCACUAUUGUGAUGUAUGUCGCCUACGGGCACCCGUACAAUGUCUUUAUAAUCACGUGA